AUGUUUCCUCACUUAUUACCUGAAACUGUUAUACAUGAUCUACCAGAAGAUCAGUAUUAUGUCUUAUCAACAAUUUCUUCAUAUCUCAGCCCAAAUAAUGAUCAACCUGUAUUUCGUUCAAUGACCUGGACUUUAUUCUAUCCCUUAUUAUUAACGACUCCACAACAUCAACAAUCUGAUAACAGAUUCUAUCAAAUAUUACAAGAAGUUCGGAUGGCAAUCGAUACACUUCUCAAUACUACUAAUAUUGUUGGCUUUAGAGAAAAUGCUCAGCAAAUUAAUUGA